CUCAGAGCGGACCCGGAGCGCUGUUUUCCCCGCGUACAGACCCUCCUCCCCCCGCUCACAGUCCUCCCUCCCUCCUGCCUCCCUGCCUCCGGUCACGCGUGUUUUUACCUCCACGUUUCUCUCGGAGCUUUUUCUCCCCGCGCGGCGCAGAGCGGGACCCGAGCACCGACAUGGGAGUCCCGGCGUUUUUCCGAUGGCUCAGCCGAAAGUACCCGUCCAUCAUAGUGCACUGCGUGGAGGAGAAGGGGAAGGAGUUCAACGGCGUGCGGAUCCCCGUGGACACGACCCGACCGAACCCCAACGAGGUGGAGUUUGAUAAUCUGUACCUGGACAUGAACGGAAUCAUCCACCCCUGCACCCACCCCGAGGACAAACCGGCCCCUAAGAAUGAAGACGAGAUGAUGGUGGCGAUAUUCGAGUACAUCGACCGUCUGUUCAACAUCGUGCGGCCCAGACGAGUGCUCUACAUGGCCAUCGACGGAGUGGCCCCGCGAGCCAAGAUGAACCAGCAGAGGUCCAGAAGGUUCCGAGCGUCCAAAGAGGGAGUGGAGCUCGCCCAAGAGAAGAGCCGCAUGAGGGAGGAGGUCAUCCGGGGAGGAGGUUAUCUUCCCCCAGAGGAGAUCAAGGAGCGUUUUGACAGUAACUGCAUCACUCCGGGCACAGAGUUCAUGGAUAACUUGGCUCGUUGUCUUCGUUAUUACGUCGCUGAACGUCUCAGCAACGACCCCGGAUGGAAGAACAUCACGGUGACUUCCCUCCCCCUGACAGACGCCAGUGACCCUUCCAGGACUGAAGGAGAACACAACCUGAUCAUGACCCCUGACUUCAUCCGCAGACAGAGAGCUCAGCCAAACCACGACCCAAACACCCACCACUGUCUCUGCGGCGCCGACGCUGACCUGAUCAUGUUGGGGCUGGCGACUCAUGAGCCGAACUUCACCAUCAUCAGAGAAGAGUUUAAACCAAACCAGCCCCGUCCCUGCGCCCUCUGCGGGCAGAUGGGCCACGAGCUCAAGGAGUGUACGGGCACCGCCAGGGAGAAACAGGGACAGCACGAUGAGUUCGCCGGCUCGAUGCCCGUGUCCCAGCAGGAGUUCAUCUUCAUCCGCCUGAGCGUCCUGCGAGAGUACCUGUCCCGGGAGCUGACCAUGGCGAGUCUCCCGUUCCCGUUCGACUUCGAGCGCAGCGUGGACGACUGGGUGUUCAUGUGCUUCUUCGUGGGGAACGACUUCCUGCCUCACCUGCCGUCGCUCGAGAUCAGAGAGGGCGCUAUCGACCGCCUCGUCGGCAUCUACAAAGACGUGGUGCAUAAAACCGGGGGUUACCUGACGGAGAGCGGCUUCGUGAACCUGGAGCGGGUGGAGCUCAUUAUGCAGGCGGUGGGCGUGGCCGAGGACAACAUCUUCAGGAAGCGCAAAGAGGACGACGAAAGCUUCAAGAGGCGAAUGAAGGAGAAGAAGAAAAGGAUGAAGGCGGAGCAGCAGCGUCCGGCGUUUCUGACCACGGGGCAGUUUGCUCCUCAGGCUCUGGGAGGACGAGGGCGACCGGAGCCCGUCCAGAACGCCCGACACCAGGCCUUCAGCAUGAGGGUGCAGAACAUGGAGACGCACAACCGGGACGCGGCUCAGUCUCUGAAGGCCAUGAUGAGGAACGGAGGAAACUCGUCUGCAGGUCCGUCUGACCCUCGCGGCGUCAAGAGGAAAGCCGAGGACAGCGACAGCGAACCGGAGCCCGAAGACAACGUCCGGUUGUGGGAGGAGGGCUGGAAACAGAGAUAUUACAAAACCAAGUUUGACGUCGACGCCACAGACGACGAGUUCAGGAAGAAAGUGGUUCAGUCGUACGUGGAGGGGCUCUGCUGGGUCCUCAGAUACUACUACCAGGGUUGUGCGUCGUGGAAGUGGUAUUUCCCGUUUCACUACGCGCCGUUCGCCUCUGACUUCAAAGACAUCAAAGACAUGUUCAAAGAGUUCGAGAAGGAGACCAAACCGUUUAAGCCUCUGGAACAGUUGAUGGGAGUUUUUCCUGCGGCCAGUGGAAACUUCCUGCCCCCGACGUGGAGGAACCUCAUGAGCAGCCCGGACUCGUCCAUCAUCGACUUUUAUCCCGACGACUUCGCCAUCGACCUCAACGGCAAAAAAUACGCCUGGCAAGGAGUGGCGUUGUUGCCGUUUGUGGACGAGCGCAGACUCCGAGCGGCUCUUGCCGAUGUUUAUCCAGAUCUGACCCAAGAGGAAGUGAAGAGGAACAGUUUGGGCAGCGACAUUCUGUUCCUGGGGAAAUCUCACCCGCUCUUCGACUUCAUCCACGAACUGUACCGCACGGAGACCGCAGAGCCCACAGACGUCCCUCCUGAACUCUGCCACGGCAUCCUGGGAAAACUGACUCUGGACCAAGACCCAAUACUCCCAGACAAGAUGGUGGAGUCUCCGAUCCCGACGCUCAGGGACAUCACACAGAACUUCUCCAUCGGGGUGAGGUUCAAAGAUCCAGAGUUUGAUCCUGGACACGUGUUUAAAGCCGUGAUGCUCCCGGGGGCAAAGAUCCCCGGUAAAGUCCUGAAGCCCGAGGACUUUAACUCGAGCGGCCGUCAGCCCUGGAGACCACAGCUCGGCUUCAACCCCAACAGACAGCAGGCUCACCUCGGCCAAUCAGGACACAGAGCGCUCAAUCACUCUCUGGGCCGAGGAGGAGGAGGUCAGUACAGCAACACGCCCCCUCCAGGAAACUACCAGAACUACAGGGGACCACAGCAGCACUAUCCACCUGCUCGUCAGAACAGUCUGUUGGGGGCUCCUCCGUUCCAGCAGCAGUUCCACAGGCCGUCGCACAGGGGCGGGGCUCACGUCUGGGACCCGGCCAAUCAGAACCAGCACAACGCCUUCCAGCAGAACUCCAUGAGGGGGCGCUCUGCGGGAGGAUACCAACACCAACAAACACAACAACACCAACAACCACAACACCAACAAACACAACUCCAGACGUACCAACAACAACACCAACACCAACAACAACCGUACAACCAACACCAGAGGAGAGACGAGCGAGGAGCAAGAGGAGCAGCAGGAGGACAGGGCUAUAACUCCGGUCGUGGUGGAUACCCGGCUCCUCCUCCGUCCAGACGCUACAACUGGAACUAAACCAGGACUCAGACUGGACCCUGGACUUUCUGUGAGUCUCUGGGUCUCUGGUCUCUGGUCUCUGGUCUUGGUCUUGGUCUUGGUCUUGGUCCUGGUCCUGGUCCUGGUCCUGGUCCCGGUCCUGGUCUUCGGGGGGUUUCUGGACUUUUUUUCCAUAUAACAUAAUGAUUUGUGUAAAUGUUUUUUUUUAAACAGUGAAACGUGUCGUCUGUUUUUAACUCGAUGUUUGGACGAAGUGUCGUUUGGUUUUUUGUUUUUUUGUUUUUUUGAGAGAUUCUCCAAACUGCUUCAUGUCGAAUAAAACGUCCGACUCUGGAUUUGUGCGUCUGUCGAAAGUUUUUAUCAGAGUUUAAAUUCAUGUGAGAAGAAACAUCACGACUUUUAACUUUCGUGAUUCUAGAGUCCAGGAGUUUGGAGUCAGUUUUUAGAGAGAAAACUGUGCACAUUUGUCUGAAGUUGAACAUAAAAUAAAUCUCGUUAAACUCUGGAGUGAGUCCAGUCGAACGGAAAA